AUGUCGGCCAAUACACGCGGUGCUGGAGUAUUUCUCGAAUUAAGGAAAAGGCUUCAAAGUGGGCUUCUAAUUAUCGGAAAAGAUGUUGCUGCAAAUCCGACUGGGAUUGUUGUGACUGGUCAAGAUUCUUCUCUUCACAUCCGGACCACCACGGGCGAGGUGACAUUCCUUUUGCCUCCUGGAGUCUCCUAUGUGAAGGAAUCCUACGUUUUGGUAUCUGGAAGAGAAUCAUGUGAAGAAGAGCUCCAUUUUAGGUUGCGAAUAACUGCUUCACAUAUCAAAACUGAAGAGUCCUCAGACAUAGUAAGGGCACUACGGGCUCAAGAGACUUAUUGCUUCUACUGUCAGAGCUGUAUGACCAGGCUGCUGGAGGACAGAUUGUUCACACGAGUGCUUCCCCUCCCAAAUGGCAACUGGAAUACCAUUGUGGAUGAUUGGUGCUGCCAUCCAGAUCCUUUCGCCAACAAGAAGAUGUUGCCCCGAGCUGCUGAUUGUUUACUGGGCGACACGUUCUUUCUCCUUACUAGGGAUGAUAGCUGUAAGCAGACUCUUCUUCAGGAAGUGAGCACGACUGACUCACAAGAUAGUAAAGAUCCAAAGAAAACUUGCCGCCGACUGGAAGUAGUGUCUUGCAUGAGCUGUUCGUCUGUUCUCGGGGAGGCAUUGACACCGGAGACCCUGAGACUAUAUGUCACACAGGUGGUGGUGGAGCCUAGUGUGGGGGACAGAAUGCCAGAGUCUUCAGUGAGCAGAUCCUUCUUCUUGGAGAGGACUAUAGCUGUAAGGCUUGCAGCUCUUUCCAACUCCAUGAGUUCCUUCCACUUUUCUGUCCAAACACCAAGUGGAAAGCCUUUUUUACUGCUCUGGCUGCUAAACAGCGAUUCCAUCAUGGCUUCAGUCCCAGGAUGGUCUGAUUGCACCGUCACUCAUCACAGUCCAUCAGUGAGGGCGGCAAAAGCCAUCAAACUUCUCUACAUAGACUGUUCUCAUAUGGGGGUCCAGCAGCAAGCAGUCGCCACCAGCUGGGAGGUCAAUGCCACAGGACACGCUGUGGUGUUUCCACUGAAGGUGUGUGAGGAGCUGUUACAAGUCAUAGAAGACAGCAGUGCUACACUUCCUUAUUCAAUGCGUCACAUGAAAGCCUAUAAGAUAGAGGACGCUGAGGACCUGUACAUCUUCGGCACGCUGCUGGCUCUUGCCUUCCUACUGCUACUUGGUGCCCUCUGGGUUCGUCGCUUCUCGAUCAGGAUGAAGAACCAACUCCAUGACAUACUGGAGGUUGUUCGUCGCAACGGCGACGAAUUGGCACUGUUAAUGAAGGAGCAGGCAAUGCUAAGUGACGCCGCCGCACGACUGGCCACAAAAAUUGACGCGGAGCUGCGUGAUCAUGAGAGACUCGCUCGGGCCAACCGGGCCAGAGAUGAUGAUGACUAA